GAAGAGAAGAAAUUGGUGCGUGAGAUUUACAGCAGUGCUAUUGAUCUUCUUGGUGACGAAGACAGAAAACUUCCACAAAUCGGACAGAUUCUCCCUCUGCUAUUGCGGGGAAUCGGAGUGCAUCAUUCUGGAUUAUUGCCCAUUCUCAAGGAAACUGUAGAGAUACUAUUCGGAGAAGGCCUUCUAAAGACGCUGUUUGCGACGGAAACGUUUUCCAUGGGUUUGAACAUGCCAGCAAGGACUGUUUUGUUCACAUCGGCGCGAAAGUUUGAUGGUGUCGACAACAGGUGGAUAACCUCUGGUGAAUACAUUCAAAUGUCCGGAAGAGCUGGACGACGUGGUAAAGAUGACCGUGGUUUAGUAAUUCUUAUGGUGGACCACAAAAUGAGCAGCGAAGAUGCCAAACAGAUCAUAAAGGGGGCUACCGAUCCUCUCAACUCGCAGUUCCGCUUGACAUACAACAUGGUGUUAAACUUGCUUCGAGUUGAAGGAGUGAAUCCUGAAUUCAUGCUAGAGCGUUCCUUUUACCAGUUCCAGAACUAUGACGCUAUACCAGAAUUGCAGCGAAAGGUUAAUGAGAAGUUGACAGAAAUUGAAAAUAUGCGUGUAGACCACGAGAGAGAUAUAACGGCUUACUUCGACAUGGAGAAGCAGAUUGCAAAUUUGAAAAUGACCGUCAAGAAAGUCAUAUGUAUGCCAAAAUACCUUGUUCCGUUCCUUCAUGCUGGUAGAUUGAUCCAUGUGUUUCUUGGAUUCAAGAAUGAUGGCCAAGAUGAGAAUAUCAGUCUUGCGCAAUUGCAACCGGCAACCGAGGGCGCACCUAAUGUAUUGUCGCGAUUCCAUAAAAGUGUUCCACUACUACACCCUGUGAAGGAUAUGCGCAUUACGGAACCAGCGCUCGUUGACGCCGUUGAGAAAAUUGCUGAUUUGGAACAACGCAGUCAAGAACAUCCGCUGCGGAAAAUGAAGGAGUUUGAGGACAUCAAAAAGCAGUGGAUGGCAAAGGAUCAAGCCAAGAAGGAGCAUCGAAAUCUGCGUGAGGAACUUCGUAAAGCGCAAUCAGUUCUACAUAUGGAAGAGCUCAGCCAGCGGAAACGCUUACUCCGUCGACUACAGUACGCCGAUAAUUCUGAUAUAAUCACUGACAAGGGGCGCUGCGCUUGUGAACUGUCCGCCUCAGACGAGUUGAUGCUGACAGAGAUGCUGUACGCAGGUGUAUUUACAGACCUUUCCUCAGCUCAAGUUGCUGCACUUCUAUCUUGUUUUGUGUUCGAGGAGAACGCGAAAACUCCGAAACUGGCUGAGGAAUUGUCAGGUUGUCUCCGAAAACUUCAUGAACACGCUCGACGAAUCGCGAAGCUCUCGUUGGAAUGCAAGCUCGAUAUUAUUGAGGAUAAAUAUGUGGAGUCCUUCAAACCAGGAAUGAUGGACGUAGUUUUCCAAUGGGUAAAUGGUGCAUCAUUCGGAGAAGUGAUGAAGAACACUGAUAUUUUUGAAGGUUCAAUUAUUCGGUGUCUUCGUCGACUGGAAGAGGUGCUAAGAGAGAUGGUGAAUGCGGCUAAAUCGAUGCAAAAUCAAGCGUUAGAAGAGAAAUUCGAAGACGCUCGUGUUCGAAUCAAAAGGGACAUAGUUUUAAUGAAUAUCCGAAUAUUGUUACUUAUUAUUCCAGUCUUGUUACCUACUUGUAAUGCUCAGGAUUUACCUGCUGUAGAUAUCGGCUCUGAAUUGGAGCCGUUCGAUGUGCCACUCGUAGACUUGGAGAAGGAUGCGAAACCCGUGACAACACUAAACGAGCAAUGUAAACGCUUUGUGAACCAUUAUAGGUAUUAUUGUCGAACAUCGAAUAUUGCCACCUAUAAUGAGGAGAUUCGGAUCAUUUGCGAGCGCUACCGUACCUAUUGCUCAGAUCGAGUCUACCCGUCUGUUAAUCACAUUCGGCGACAAAUUGCUUACUGGAAACAAUCUGGGCUACCAGUCGGUGCUCAGAAAGGGCUUACCACCUGCUAUUCCCGCUGCAAAGAAACCGAUCCUGUAUGUGUAAAUGUUUGUGAAUGCAUCCAUCUGCAAUGGGUGAUGAACUACGAAUGCUAUCCUGGAAUUCGAGCUCAAGCCGGCCCGAACUGUCAGAGGUGA